AUGGAGGAUCUUGAUCGAAUUGAUCCCUUACAGCUUUCUUCUGCAUUAAACACAUUACUUCGGAGCAUAACUGUGGAUGGAAAAAACUUGAAUGAGUCGCUUAGUGUGUUUCCAUAUUACUCGAUAUUAACCAACCUCAUUGGACGCCUUAAAAGGGGGCCAACGAGAAGACAGUGUUACAAUAGAUUGACAACAGCUUAUCGAUGUCCCCAAUGUUACGGACCUAAUGUCACUUUAUGUCAAGAUUGUUUUGAUAAGUCGGAACACGUUGGGCAUAACUACAAAACGUUCAACGACCCUCGGGGAUACUGUGAUUGUGGGAUCUUCCGGUUUGAAGGUGAUGUGAUGUGUAAACACCAUAAUGGCCGAAUUAAAUAUGAUCCCACACUCAUUCAAAAGGUUUUUGGGACGUAUGAGGACAAAGCAAAACUAGUUGUGACCACUGUCUUCGAGACAUUACAAAGCGCGAUGCAAACACUUUCGAACUCGAUGUUUUGGGAUACUCUUAAUGAGGUAUUCAUUGAACUCAGUAAACUCUUUCAAUAUGAAACUUUAUAUGAACUCUUUGCUGUGGUCUCGGCAGAGUGCAACUUUCAUUUGAAUGGAGACUUAAAGAGCCCAGGUGUCCCAUUUGUGGAGGUGUUAUUUGACUUCAUGAAUAACGUCACACAGCACGAGAAAGAUAUCAUCAACGUCAUCGGAAACACGUGGUUUGUACCUUUAGCGUCGCACCCGGCCAACUACAAGAACUAUCAUUACUUUGUUCUUGGAGCGUAUCAAACAAAAACACGAUUUUACGCAACAACACUCUUCAUAAUACCAAAGAAGAAUUGCUCCAAAAUUAGUGUGACGUCACACAAACAGUUUUUAACUCUAUUAUUGAUGACACUCGAUUGUUUCCAACUCUUCUUCGACCCAACAAUUAUCGAACAGAAAUUCACAAACAAAAUCUUCACAACACAGGCAAGUAAGGCAGUGGAACUCUUCCGGCGAUUAUUGGAAUGUCUUCAAUACUUCUCGAUUGAAGACGUCGAAUUUCUGGAAACGCUCUUGUUUGUCAUAUACUCGACUUUUGUGUCGGAGCAAAGGGUCGAGUACGUGAUGUUCUCUGAGAUGGCGAUGAUCUACAAAAACACGUUUCAAAUGCUUUUACUGUGCUCCGACGACUUUUUGCGUAAGAUAACAAAGCUUCUUGGUUCGUCUAAUGUGCACAACGAAGAGUUCAUUGCGCAGUUUUGUAAUUUCUUUUUCGAAAGGGGGAGGUUCAUGGUGGUGAUGGAUUUGAUGGAUAAGAAGAAUGGCAAUGGGAUAUUAGUACCGUGCUAUGAAUAUCCCGAAUUCACAUUUGCGAGGGGUUCCGUGACGGUUCAGACGCAUUUGGACUUUCUUGAAAUCAGACAACAACAGAUGAAUGACAUUUCACGAUACUUCUCACAGAUGUCAUUUUUGAGUCUUGUCUCCGAAGUCGAGAAGAGCAAGGAGAACCUCAUUGAGUUUCUAAGAAAGAGGUACGACGGGAUCAGUAACGCGAAAAUCGUGCAACUCAUUGUGUGGAUCACAAAUUUUUCACAAGAGAAGUUGAAUGGGUGUUUGAGCCAAAUGAAGUUUUAUAAUCAACUUGAAACACUUAAUAGGAAGAAACUGUCCCUUGUCGCAUUGUUAAACGCUUUUGUUAUUUACAAAACAGCAAACCCAUUUGUUCCGUUUGCGCCGAGUUCUGUGAAUGUGCUUUACUUAGUGUUGUGUCAAUUAUUUGGAAGAACACUUGGUGUCUGGGAUUCAAAGAAUGGGGAGAACAAAAUCAUCGAAUCAGUCGAACUCAGUGAAAUAAUGGCAGAUUGUGUGAAUGAACAACCCCUUUUUGUGAUCCACAUUUUAUGGCAAAGAGUUUUACAGAAAGUCGUUUUGAAAGACGACGAUUUUGCUCUUAUUAUAUUCGCACAGAUACACUCCUUUUUACAGAAAUACCCCACAUUCUAUAAAUCCAUUUAUAAAUUGGCGAUCAUGUACGACCAAGUCACGCCAGGAGCACAGGCAAUGUUCGUUGAUAGCAAGUAA